CACACGCCAGCCUCUUUGUCGUCCAUGCUGUCCGCACGCGCUGUUUAGCAAGAGCUCGGGUACAGCGCCGCCCUGGGACUGCACUCUCCUCUCAUAACUCCUGGAGGAUUGGGAAAAGGUUGAAGGAAACAUGGUGAACCAAAGAGCGGAUGUAGGUUGGCAGUCCUCUAAGAGCGACUCUAGCGGGGUCAGUAACAGUGGAGAGAGCUCCAAAGAGAGCUCCAGGUGCUCGACCCCGGUACUGGACACCGACCGCACCGACCGGCUGCGGGACAAGAUGAAGCGGCGGAUUGAGUCCGGGGACCACUGGUUCUCCCUGGAGUUCUUCCCACCUCGCACAGCGUCUGGAGCCGUCAAUCUCAUCUCUAGAUUUGACCGGAUGGGUUCUGGAGGUCCGCUCUUCAUCGACGUCACUUGGCAUCCGGCUGGAGAUCCGGGCUCAGAUAAAGAAACGUCCUCCAUGAUGAUAGCAAGCACAGCGGUCAAUUACUGCGGCCUGGAGAGCGUCCUGCAUUUGACAUGCUGCAAUCAGACGAAAGAGAAAAUAACAGCCCAUUUAAAUAAAGCCAAGCGGCUCGGCCUAAAGAAUAUCAUGGCCCUGAGAGGAGAUCCUAUUGGGGAAGAUUGGGUGGAGGAAGAUGGUGGCUUCAACUAUGCUACAGAUCUGGUCAAGCACAUUCGCUGUGAAUUCGAUGACUACUUUGAUAUCUGUGUUGCAGGUUACCCGACGGGCCACCCAGAGGCAGAGAGCUAUGACAAUGACCUCAGGCACCUGAAGGAGAAGGUGGAUGCUGGUGCACACUUCAUCGUCACCCAGCUCUUUUUCAGGGCAGAGACCUUCCUCAGAUUCGUCAAAGACUGCCGGGCCAUUGGCAUCACUUGCCCCAUUCUCCCGGGAAUCUUCCCCAUCCAGGGCUAUCACUCACUGCGUCAGCUGGUCAAACUCUCCAAACUGGAAGUGCCCGAGGAGAUCAUGCAGGUGAUUGAGCCCAUCAAGGAUAAUGACGCCGCCAUUCGCAGCUACGGCAUCCAGCAGGCGGUGGAGAUGUGUAAGGUUCUUCUGGCCAGCGGAGAGGUCCCAGGCCUGCACUUCUACACGCUCAACAGAGAGGUGGCCACCAUAGAAGUGCUCCGACAGCUGGGCUUAUGGGCCGAGGAUCCACGGCGACCUCUGCCCUGGGCCGUCAGCGCUCAUCCGAAGCGUAAGGUAGAAGACGUCAGGCCAAUCUUCUGGGCUUCCCGACCCAAAAGCUAUAUCUACAGGACGCAAGACUGGGAUGAUUUCCCCAACGGAAGAUGGGGUAACUCCUCGUCACCAGCUUUUGGUGAGCUGACAGACUACUACCUGUUCUACCUGAAGAGUAAGUCUCCCAAAGAGGCCCUCCUGCAGAUGUGGGGUGAGGAACUUAUGAACGAAGGGAGUGUGUAUGAAGUCUUCACCAACUACAUCACUGGCCAAACCAAUCCCAGUGGACACAAGGUCAUGUGUCUGCCGUGGAACGAUGAUCCUUUGGCUCCAGAGACCAACCUGCUGAAGGAUGAGUUGGAGAAGGUGAACCGCAGGGGGAUUCUGACCAUUAACUCUCAACCCAACAUUAACGGCAAACCCUCAUCCGACCCCAUUGUGGGCUGGGGCCCUGCGGGGGGAUACGUCUUUCAAAAGGCUUACCUGGAGUUUUUCACGUCCAGCGAAAAUGUCACUGCGCUUCUGCAAGUGCUGAAGAAGUAUGAACCUCGUGUGAACUACCAUAUAGUCAACGUUCAGGGCAAGAAUAUUACGAAUGCCCAUGAAAUGCAGCCCAACGCUGUGACAUGGGGCAUAUUCCCCGGCAGAGAGAUCAUUCAGCCCACCGUCGUGGAUCCAGUCAGCUUUAUGUACUGGAAGGACGAGGCUUUUGCGCUGUGGAUUGAACAGUGGGCGAAGCUAUACGAGGACGAGUCUCCCUCACGCAUGAUCAUUCAGUACAUCCACGACAACUACUUCCUCGUCAACCUGGUGGACAACGACUUCCCGCUCGACAGCUGUCUGUGGCAGGUGAUCGAAGACAUGUUCGCGCUCCUGGACUCCCCUCGAGAAACUCAGGAGGAGGGAAGUCAGUUGUAGCAUCGCAGAACUCAAAAGUCUGCCUGCGCUGCUAUUGAGAGUCUCGACGCACACGCAACGCACAUACAGUGUUUUAAGUCAGUUUCAGAGCUUAAUUUGUCAUUACUCCCAAUGCAUAGGGAAAAAAAAUCAUGACAAACGUAACACUACAUAAGAUGAUUCACCUUAAUCUUUAAAGGGACUUGUGUUUGCAGUUUGGGUGCCAUUUUCUUAUAUUUUUAUCCUACAUUAACUAUUUAUAGACAGUAUUUUGGAUAUUGCAUGUUCAAUAUAUGAUUGUCGAAGUCAAACGUGUGGACACAAAAUACGGUAUAUGGCUACUGUAUUUCACUCGGACUUUAUAGGUGAAUCUUAUAAAAACAUGUCACAUCCAAUGUCAAACAGGUCAUAUUUCUAUGCAAAAUCAAGAAGAGAGAAAAAAAAAAAAAAUUUUGUUUAAAGGGAUAGUUCACCCAGAAAUGAAACUUCUCUCAUUUACUCACCCUUAUGUUGUUUCAACCCAUAUGACUUACAUGUAUCUUCAGAACACACAUGAAGAUAUUUUUUGUUCUCUCGGUUUUUUUGUCGAUCCGUUGAAAGUCCAUGCAACCAAAAUUUUUAAGCUUCCAAAAGUGCAUAAAGACAUUGUAACAAACAAAAGGAGCAUUCCAAGUGCUCUGAAGAGAUAUGCUCACUUUAUAUGAUGAACAGAUUAAAUUUAUGCUUCUUCUUUUACAUGUAAUUUACAUUGAAGCUCAAACAUGCAUGUUUAAUGUGCAAAAACAGUGAGGUUUGUUCUCACGUGUCACACAAAUACGUUUCUGCUUCUGCAAGAACCAGUGAGGUUAGUUCCUGCACGUUUCCAGCAAGUAUGGUCAAUGUGCUCCAUGUAUGUGCGCUGAUCAAUGUUUAUAUAUGAAUAAAAGCCUAAAUUAAAUCCGCUCAUAUUAAAAGAUGCAUAAUAAGAUGAAUUAAAAUGCUUGAUUCAUUAAGAUUAUUGUCACAAUGUACUUUUAGAAGUUUGAAGGUUUUGCAUGCAUUGACUUUAAACAGAUUUUAUGGAUUUGGAACAACAUGAGGCGAGUAAAUGCGGGUGAUUAUUUUGGGUGAACUAUCUCUUUAAAGAUUUUGAAACAUUCCCCUUUUCCUGACAGUUAAUAACAUUUUCACUCUAAAUUGUGACCCUGGCGCAUAAAACCUUAAGUCUUAAGUCGCUGGGGUAUAUUUGUAGCAAUAGCCAAAAAAAACAUUGUAUG